UUACAGAACAAAUACAGUUUAACGUGAUAACCUACAGUUUUACAGGAUAUAAGGGGUUUCUGUGGUCCUGCACUUGGUGAACAAGAUCUAGUGAACUGUUGAGAAGACGCCGGUUCUCCAGCUGAUCUGAUAGAAAUUAACCAGAAUCCUGAGGAGCAGAGUCCUGCUGCAGACAGCUAAACGCUGGCUUGCACGAAAUCAUGUUCAGAAACGAUUCAGAGAAAACUCAACUGGUCACGGAGAAAGGCACCAUGUAUAGCAUCACCAUGGAAAGUGUGUCCACAGAUGGGAUAAUGCAGAAGGACAAGGACAGCAACAUCAAGCAUUGCCAUGACAACAGCCAAGCUACGGAGGACAGGGAGCGGGAGAAGCAGUUGGCCAGGAAGAGGCUCUACGUGGUCUCGGCUGUCUGCUUGGUCUUCAUGAUCGGAGAGAUCCUGGGUGGUUACUUUGCAGGGAGUCUGGCGGUGAUGACAGAUGCCGCCCACCUGCUGGUAGACUUCGCCAGCUUCAUCAUCAGCCUGGUGUCUCUGUGGCUCUCGUCCAGACCCGCCACACGCACACUCAGCUACGGCUGGCAUCGUGCAGAGAUCUUGGGUGCUCUCCUCUCGGUGGUGACCAUCUGGCUGGUGACAGGUGUGCUGGUUUACCUAGCUGUGCAGCGCCUCAUCAGCGAUAAUUAUGAGAUCGAGGGGACCAUCAUGCUCAUUACUUCAGGCUGCGCUGUGCUGGCAAACAUCAUUAUGGCUUUCACCCUGCACCAGUCUGGGCAUGGGCACAGCCACGGUGGCCUCAGCAGUGGGCACGGCCACAGCCACAGCACUAACGACAAGAGCAAGCAUGGGCACAGCCACGCGGCGGGCAAUGGGCAUGGGCACAGCCACAAGAGCAGCCACUCGCACAGUAACGGUAACCAAGAAACCCAUUCCCAUGGAAAUGGCGACGUGGAGCAGCACAAUGGGGUGGACGGUCAGCAGCAGAAGUCGGCGGGGUCACGACCUCAGGCCAACGCCAGCGUGCGCGCUGCCUUCGUGCAUGUCGUGGGAGACCUGCUCCAGAGCAUCAGCGUGCUGGUCAGCGCCAUCAUCAUCUUCUUUAAGCCUGAGUAUAAGAUAGCUGACCCGAUCUGUACGUUCCUGUUUUCCAUGUUUGUCCUGGGAACCACCAUCACCAUUAUGAGAGACAUCCUGCUUGUCCUCAUGGAAGGUACCCCAGCUGGAGUGAAGCACGGUGAGGUGAGGGAUCGGCUGCUGGCAGUGAAGGGGGUGAAGUCUGUCCAUAGCCUCCAUAUCUGGGCCCUGACUAUGAACCAGACGGUGCUCUCAGCACACGUGGCUAUCGAUGACAUAGUGGAUGCCCAGCCUGUCCUAAGGGAGAUGACCCAAACCUGCUUCUCCAACUACAACUUUCAUUCAGUCACCUUACAGCUUGAACAGCAGGCCGACCAGAAGCCUGGGUGUAGUCUGUGUGAGGACCCCAAAAUGUAGACACCUAUUUAAGCCCAUGGGAGAGGCCAGGAGCCCAGAGGAAUAAGGCUAACCUAAGCUACCUAACCAGGAUUUAGUUGUAGCCUAGACAGUCUUUUGGCGAGUGCUUGACUUGACCAGGAACAUAUUGGAACUGAUUUCUCGCACCUCACAUUUGUACCGCUAGAGUUCCUGCACCUUUUAUACAAUGCGGCCUAAAAUAUUGCGGCAUUGUGGCACCUUAAUAUAAACAGCACUCCAAAUAGAAUAGAACACAACUUUUGACUAUAUGUUACAGCAAACAACUUGCAGUGCAGUGUGAUCAAUCAUGGAUAUUGGACCAGAGGGGUAUACUACAAAGCAGGUUCAAUGUUUUAGGGCUCUAUUUUCAGCUGGCAUUAAGGAGGUGCUAUUGUCAUACGCAAGUUAGUAUGCAAUUUCGUCACGUGAAAACUGUCAGACUGGCAUUUUCCCACCCUAGCACCAGGUUUGGCAAUUUAUCCGUCUAACAUCAGCAUGCUUAUGCUCAGAUGGGAGGAGUGUAAAUAUUUUAGGCGUGCCCUUAAAAACAUGAUCCAAAGUCCUAAUUUCAGCCGGCACUGGCAGGGAUAUUUAAGACCGAUCAAAAGCUGGUUUUAAUGGUAACGCAGUUGGUUAUGGUAUGAAUUUUGACAGCUGAAACAGCCUAUCCAGCCGUGACGCGCACACUGCCCACAUGAACAUGGAACAAGAUGUGAUUUGGUACCUGUAUACUUCGUAUUUAGAAACAUAAAAUGGGGGAAAAACAUGAAUGUUUUAUUUGACUAAAAACCAAGCAUAGCCUCCCCUCUCAAUGAAGGCUGUUUUCUUUUUGUCCUGCCCAAUGUAAUCAAGUAGGCUAGACAAGACCGCCGAUAAAGGGUUUGGCUCGUGAGACCUCUUGGAAAUAAAUCUUAAUCACCCAAGCUUUAUUAAAAUACUGUAUCAAGUUUGAAAGGAGCAAAACAGUGAGCUGACAUUCCCUUUCUAUCUGUGCAUUGUAGGCAGGCCUACAUUAUUUUAGCCAUGCUUUGGACGUGUGUAAAACUCCAUCCGUGAUAUGUUACAUGUCUCCGUGCCCAUCAUGAAAGGAGAGAUGAGAUCCUCGGUGAAUAUCGGUGAACCUCGUAUUUAGAAGUUAUUUUCAUGUAACAAUUGCUUGUUUUCCAUUUCAACUUAAAAAAUAAAUAAUCCAAGCCCUCCGCAGACUACCCUUACCCUAGGACUACUAUAGCGAAGGCUGGUUCAACAGCAAUGCGUUGUUUUUUUUAUGAUGGUGAUUUUAUGAUAUCAUUACAUUUGACAUGCAUUUAUUGUUGUUGAAAAAAAAUAACAGAUUUCUUGCUUUUUGUUUAAUUUUAUUAAAACAAACUCAAUUUUCAGUGAAUUUAAUCUUGCUUAUUGACAACAUUUGGCAUGUCCAUGCUCAGCCACAAUGCAAUUUACAGUAGUCCUAGUCCCUAAAUCAGUGUGAAUGCUAUUGAAGCAAUUACUUAAAACAAUGUGGACUGCAAACAGGUUCAAGUUUAGCAAAUAUGGGAUCUACAUUUAGUUAUUUUCUUUCUGUAAGCUGUUUAACAAACUAAAGUGGACUAACAUUGGAAUUUGAGUUGAUCCCAAGGUAAUAUAUACAAGACUGUAUAUACACAAAUUGAAGCAACCACAUAUUUAGCCAUGGAGCACGUUUUGAUUGGCCAGUGAGGGGUCAAGCCUCAACACACCCACAAUUUAUUUAUUCAUCAAAUCCCAGCCCUUUCGAGCCACCGCCAGCAACUGCGCAGAUAAUUGUGGUUGUAAAAAUAGCAAAAAUAUUUUGGACACACCCUCGAACCUACCCCUCGAAUAUUUUGGACACACCCUCGAACCUACUGCCAACGCUUCGAUUGACGAUUGUGCUAGGUUUGUUAAGAUAGAGUUAAUUUCCCGCAAUUCUACACAUUCUGCCAUGGGGUGGAGAGGAAAUGUAGCAGUUUUACAGCGACACAUUUUGCCAUAGGUUGCAGAGUUAAUAAUUCGACCAUAUCUAAAUUUACAUUUCUUAAUGAACCAGGAAAAUCCAGAAGUUAUUUGGGGUUGUUUAUCAAAGAUAGCUGGCUAACUUACUGAUCCUGCUUUGUAUUUUACCCCUUUUGUUGUGUGGUUAGUUUGUUUCUCUGAAAGCUGAGGUGGUCAUUCUAUAGUCACAAGAAAGUGCCUCUGUGCCAACAUUCCCAAAGAAGUAAAGAUUGAAGAGAUCAGGGAUGGGGUGCCAUAGCUGAUCACAUGCUUGAAAGUGUUGCACCAUGAAUUAUAUAUGUUUUUGUCUUACUGUAAGUCCACAUAUUAAAAUGUAAUUUGAGUGCUUAAUGGUUUAAGUGUCUAUAUUGAAAUGCUGGUCACUAUCAUUUAAAGAACAUUAGAUGCUAAUAAUUAAGAGAACAAAACCGUCCUUAUAUUUAAAAUACUGAUUUGAAUAAAAUCUACUGUUGUCAAUAA